GACAUUUAAUACGCGAUAAAUGCGUUUAAGAUACUUGUCGGAGUUAGGUGAUAUAUCAAGUCCCUUACGCAUUGUGAACUGUGACAUACCGAUACCGGUUGCGACAAGUGCAAGUUGAGCUCUGCAACUUUGAAACAGUUUUACAGCGAGCAAGUGAAGACGCCGUUUGUCGCUAUUUGUCUUACAUACACACCUGUGUCAAUUUAAAGAUGUUGAAGGCGCUGUUCCUGAUUGCUUUUAUGGCGUAUGCCACUGCGAACAACACGACCGAUAAGAAAAUCGUUUGCUACUAUGGUAGCUGGUCAGCUUAUCGUCCUGGACUUGGAAGAUUCGAACCAACCGACAUAGAUCCCACUCUAUGCACUCAUAUAAUCUAUACUUUCAUUGGUAUCUCUAAGAACGGUGACAUCAGAAUAUUGGAUAAGUGGAUGGAUCUACCAACAGGUAGAGAUGGUUAUGGAAAAUUCACCAGACUUCGUCGACUGAAUCCAGAAAUGAAAGCUUUGAUAGCGAUAGGUGGUUGGAACGAAGGUUCCUCCAAGUAUUCCAAGGUUUUCGCGAAUCCUAUAAAACGUGCGCAAUUCAUCCAGAACGUGAUUACAUUUCUUCAGAUGUACGAUUUCGACGGUUUCGACGUCGACUGGGAAUAUCCGAACCAACGUGGCGGCAAUCCAGUCGACAUACAGAACUAUGUCACGUUGUUGAAGGAGCUGAGAGAAGAAUUCGACAAACACGAUUACAUCCUAAGCGUGGCGGUCGGUGCUGCCGAAAACUCAGCUUCUAAAUCUUAUGAUAUCUCACAAAUGUCUCAAUAUCCUCACUUAAUUAAUUUGAUGGUGUACGACUUGAAUGGACCGUGGAACGAUUUCACAGCGGUUAACGCUCCUCUAUAUCCGUCCUCUCAGGAAUAUGGGAAACAAGCUAAGCUCAACAUGCAUCGGUCUAUUGAAUAUUGGCUUGAACAAGGUGCACCAGCUGACAAACUCGUUGUUGGUAUUCCUGCUUAUGGUAGAUCUUUCACCUUGGCGAAUUCCUCGGAGAACGGCAUAGGUUCUAAAGCCAUUGGUCCUGGAAAAGCUGGUCCUUACACGCGAGAAGAUGGUAUGCUUGGUUACAACGAGAUCUGCGAAUACAUUCGACGAGGAUGGACGGUGCAACGCGAACCUGAACAACGUGUACCUUAUGCUUUCAAGGGCAACCAAUGGGUUGGAUACGACGAUACUAUAUCUGUCGAAGAGAAGGCCAAGUACGUCAUGUCUAAGGGACUUGGUGGUAUAAUGAUAUGGAGCAUCGAAACCGAUGACUUCAAUGGUGUAUGUGGUAAUAAGUAUCCGCUUCUACGCACCAUAAAUAUGGUGUUGAAAGGAUAUACUCCAACUUCUGCUUCAUCGCGUGUCGAAACUAAACCACCAACACUAUCGUCAUCGGAUUCUGCAUGCACUCAGGAAGACUAUGUUCGAGAUCCAAAAGAUUGUUCAGUAUUUCACUAUUAUCGACACGUACGCAACAAAUAUCUGGUAAAUACAUUUCAUUGCAUUUCUGGAAUUGUAUUUGAUAAAACGUUCGAUGGUUGCAAUUAUAGAUAUGAGAUGUAAUGUUCCUGGUUGUUAGAUCAAUGCGAAGAUAUAAAAUAAGAUAUGCGUUACAUUAAACGAGAUAAUGUAUUUUGUAACGGAACGUAAUAUUUUAAAUACAGUUCUAAACAUACUGUAAUAAAUGAUUAUAAAAGAAAAUUAA